UGGCAAAUUAUAACCUUGGGUGUUCUUGUCUUGUACAGAAGGCCAAAUGAAAAGCAUACAGUGCCUCUACCUAUAUGGACUAGUAAUCGUGGUGUUGAUUCCAGCCAGUUGGCAGAUUGUCCUCAACAAUUUGUCCGAUGAGUCUAGAUGGCAAUCUUUUGAAUCAAAAAGCGCUCGGAGUUUUACUUCCGACAUAAAGCGGCAUUCGGAAGGCACCUUCACCAGUGAUUUUACCAGAUAUUUGGACAAGAUGAAGGCCAAGGACUUUGUGCACUGGCUUAUCAACACGAAACGUUACAGCUCUACAAAGAGGUACAUAAAAGGAGACCACAACAUCAUCUCCUUCCCUUCUGACCACUCGCUAUUUAGGUCAGUCAGCUACACUUUGAAUUUCCAAACGUCUAUUUCUCGCAAACUGCUCCCAUAG